CGACCAGGAAGUAGAAGCUCAGAGGAGAAGUGAAAGAGGCAGUUUGUUCAACAGAUAAAACUGGCUUCUCGCUUUCACCUUUUACUGUCAAAGUUGCAGAGUCUCGCCUCCGAAUUUUAGUGCAACAUCCUCACCGCGGCUCCAGGAUGUCUGCGUCAGCGAGAGCCAGUUCAGCGCCACAUUCGUCGAGGCCGGAGCAGCCGCUGGACACCAGAGUGGCAGAACUGAAUUUUCAAGUCCCAGUGGAGAGCAUCAAGACACAGCCUCCCGACAGAAACCAGAUCGUCCCACACGAACUUCUGCUCAGCCUAACCUCCACUGUCUGCAAGAGGAGAACACUGGGGCAAUCUGCACAUGACCGACACUGCGAGGGCUGUGGAAUCAGACGCCCAGAUGCAGUCUGGCAUCAUCCACUUGGACGCAAAAAAUACAAAUAUUUUCUGGAGCAGCCAACAUCCCUGACUGGAGCCGGCAGUGAUAUUUCUUUCCUGUGUGAUGCUGUGGUAACUAAAAAGAAGACAACGCCCCUGCCACCGGUUACUGAAAAGAGUGGCGUUGAUGACACAGAGAACUUGUGUGUCUCCGACAGGUUUAUCCCAGAAGAAUAUCACAUAGUGAAAAAUAAAGGAAUACGGAGCCUUGAGUUCUACGAGGAUGCAUUCACAGUGCAGCUGAAGGAUGAUGAACAGAGGCUGCGGGUCCUCCCUUCACUGAGGCCCAGUGGCAGGCUGGAAGUGGUCCAGCUGAUGAAGAUGAUGGAUGAUAUGCUGGAGAAGGCUGGAGUGGAUGAGCAGAAUGAGGAGCUGACUGAGGUCUCCCAACUGGAGGGUCUGCUUGAGCUCGUGAAGGUUGAGCAGAACAUCUACAACAUUGUUUUCCAUGAACUGAUCAGGCAGGUCAGUGUGGGCUGUGCUGAGAGAGGACAGCUUCUUGCCAAACUCAGACAGCGCUACCAGUCCCUGCUGGAUCGAAUUCCACGACGUCUGAAGGCUUUACACACUGAAGUUGUAGCCCAGCGGGCUCUGGAUCGUCGGCUCACAGAGGAGAUCCAUCACAUCAAAUCAUCCAUUCAGCAGCUUAGCACGGAACUGUCUAAAAUCAGAGACCAUGAUGCCUUUGUUUCCCAGCAGGCGGAGCAUGCUCACUGGCAGUUAGCUGAGGCACUCAAGCAGACUCACAUCAACUCAAAUGUGGUUCAGGCUUACCAUGAGCUGUAUGAGCUCCAGAGGGCUCGCCUGGAGGCUCAGCUGAUCCACAUGACUGAAGACAGAGACUGCUGGGCUCAGUUUACCCUCUGUCUCGCCCUCAAGGUGAUCAGUGUGAAGAAGCUGCAUCUGGUUAGUCAUCUGCAUAUCUGUGAGCAAAACUGGUUCAAGACAGCAGAACACUGCAUCCUUUUCCUCACAUCAAAGGACACAGAAUGCCUAAACAUUAUCAUGGACAACACAGACUGCUGGAAAAAGCAGUUGACUGCUUUCAUGUCCCAGCUGAAGAAGACUGAACAUGCCCACUGUGCACAGAUCAGUGCCAUCCAGCAAGGCAUCAACAAUUGGCUUUCCUUCUGCUCCUCAAUUAAGAAACAUCCUGAUCCAAAAUACAACAAAACAUCGGUGGAAGAAAUUCAUGCUGAUUUGAAGCAGUGGUCAAAUAUGCUGGCACUGCAGUGUGAGCACCACCAAGGCGAGAAACAGCUUAGCUGCCAGCAGACACUUAGCGAACUUGGUCGCAUCCAGGAAAAAUGGCUGAAUAUGAGCCUUCAGCUGUUCAGAAGACACCCCGCUGCUGAUGGUGUACCCCUUCAAGGCCAGCAGGCCCAAAGAGAACUGGAUAAAAUCCUAUCUGAGCUCCUGAAAGAGCUGGACAUUAAAGUUAAUGGGGAGAAUGGGUUCCAUGGGCAUUUGAUGUCACUCUGCAGUCUCAUGGAGUCCUGGGUUUCCAAACUUGCUGCAGUGAUUGAACAGCCAGAACAGAUGUCCGUCUCUGAUUGGUUAGAGCUGGAGAAAGCACUGCACAAUUGGCAGAGUUUGACUGAAGAAGCUCAACAGCACUUCUCCAACAAAAAAGACAACAAUAAACCUGACAUUUUCAGUGCAGAGGCAGAAAAGGAGUUUGACAGCGUACAGGAGUUCAUGACCAACCUGUCGAACCUCAUUGAGGGUGAGAACUUCAGACUCCAUGAGGAAAUCAGAUCUGUUCACAUGGCUCAGACGCGCUGGAUGUUAGAUUUAUUGCUCUUUGUGGUUCCCAACCACAGCGAGGAGCAAAACCAUGAACAGGAACUCCACCAGUACAUUCCAGAGAUUUCUCAAGAGACUCUGGAUGAGGAUGCCAAGAUGCUCACUGAGAAGCUGGAUCAUUUGUCCAGCUACAUCACCAGCUCAUGCACCCUGGUUCUGGAGGAGCAGGUUCACAUGAACACACUUUCAGCUCAGGCUGAAAAUGAGAUGAAUGAGUUCAAAAGGCUGCAGAAGGAGUGUGGUGAUUGGGUGGAGACCUGCAUGAUUCUGCUCACAAGGGUUCACGGUGCUCCUGAGGAGCUGCCUGUCAGGCCGCUUUCUUCCAUUUCUAACAGUGAUGUCUUAGUCUGUAGAGCAGAUAGCAUGGAGACUUUGGUGAAUAAAGAAGUGUCAGCAGAAUCUACAACAGACAACGAGGACAAAGAGGUCAAAGCAGAUGCAGAGCCAAAACAAAGAGAUGGGGAGCUAGCGGUUUGUGAGAGCCCUGUGCUGAAUCUGAUUAGUUACGAUGGAAGCAUCACACAAAGAAAGCUUGGAGCUUGCAGUGUCCAUCUACAUAGGACUGGUGAGCUGGUUGUGUCUCCAGUGACAGAAGAUAACCAGAAAGCUUUCAGGGAUCUGACCACAGUAGGAUUAUUGCAGCAAGAACUGCAUGAUUCUGAGGUGCGAGUGAAGAUUGCUGAGGAGCGAGCCCUCAAAGCUGAGGAGGCCCUGCAGGAAGCACUGAAGACAAUAAAAGACCUGGAGAGACAACAGCAGUGCCGCCCCAGUCUGCAGCCCAGGAGUAACGAAGGAAAAAAGAAACCACCACCUUCACCUUCACCUCCACCCGAAACAACGGCAACUCCUCCAAAGAAAAGCCCAACCACAGCCAAACCCACAAGCAGCACCAAAAAGACCAAGAAACGCUGAUCAGAUGACGCAGCAACUCUUUAGAUUUAUUCUGAAAAGUGUGAACAAAUUUUUUGGUUUACAUGUGAACAGAGGGGAAACCACAUGCACACAAACACAAACAUUGUGAUGUAACUGAUAAUUAUCAAUGAUAAUUAUCAGUUACAUCAAAAUCACUUCAUGAUAUCAUUUAUAUAAAGGUUUGCUGUGGCUUUAUUUAACCUUAUGGUGAGUGUUAUUGUUGUGUUCUUCCAAAAAUAAAAGU